AUGUCCGUCCACGAGACAACAGCAGACGUCGAAAAUGAAGCAGUCGACAACAAAAAUGCUCGAGUACUCUCAACAACGAACGAGUCCACGGCUCUGGGACUUAAGCACUCGUUCCCGGAGACUGCUCGAGUGAUCGACCAUGAAGCCGAGCGUGCCUUGUGUCGCAAAUUCGAUUUUCGGUUGUUGCCUAUAUUGGCUUUUAUGUAUCUCUGCAAUGCUCUCGACAAAGGAAAUCUUGGUAACGCAAAGACGGAUGGAAUGGACAAAGACCUGGGCAUGACUGGCAGCCAGUACAAUCUACUACUCUCCAUCUUCUUCGUCCCCUUCGUCAUAUUCGCACCACCAAUUGCCAUGCUUGCGAAACGAUUUAGCCCAGCCAAAGUCAUCGCGUGUAUGAUGUUCAGCUUCGGUUCAUUUACACUGCUGUCUGCUUCUGUAUCCAACUACUCCGGCCUGUUUGCCCUACGAUGGUUCUUGGGUAUGUCCGAAGCCGCGUUUUUCCCGUUGGUUAUCUACUAUCAGACCACUUUCUAUCGCCGUGGAGAGCUUGCGCGACGUCUCGCUAUCUUCUAUGCGGCGUCAAACAUUGCCAAUGCUUUUUCCGGACUACUUGCCUUUGGCGUCUUCCAAAUCAAGAACCCAACUCUUCAAGGAUGGAAAUAUCUGUUUCUGAUCGAAGGCGCAUUCACUGUGUGCUUCUCAGCAUUCGCAUUCUUCUACCUGCCAGCAAGCCCUCAGCAGGCGCGCUUCUUGUCCGAGGAAGAGAAACAACUCGCCUUUUACCGUAUCCAAGUCGAUUCUUCUGCCGUAGUCAAUGAAGAAUUCAACCUACGACAUGCACUCCGUAUCCUCCAGAGACCUACCAGCUAUGCAUUCUUGGCUAUCGAAAUCUGUCUCGGUGUCCCGUUGCAAGGCGUAGCAUUGUUUUUACCUCAAAUUGUCGCCCGUCUGGGCUACUCCACCGUCAAGACAAAUCUGUACACAGUCGCGCCAAACGUAACCGGCGCCGUCAUGUUACUCGUCCUCGCAUUCUCAUCUGACGCCGCUCGUCUGCGGUCACCAUUCAUCGUGUUAGGAUUUAUCUUUACACUGAUCGGAUUUGUCAUAUAUGCAGCUAUCAACGACGUCACCGCUCAGAUUCAUCUGGCUUAUUACGCCUGUUUCAUGAUGACUUGGGGCACUUCCGCGCCGUCCGUGCUGCUGAGUACGUGGUAUAACAACAACAUCGCCGAUGAGGGACAGCGUGUGUUAUUGACUAGUAUCGGUGUCCCACUUGCGAAUCUCAUGGGCCUUGUAUCGAGUAACGUGUUUCGCUCGCAGGAUGCGCCAAAGUAUCAGCCUGCGCUAGUCACGGUGGCUUGCUUUGGUGGGGCUGGUGCUCUGAUUACGGCUUGUUUGGGAGUGUAUAUGUGGUAUGAUAAUAUGCGACGUAACCGGAGGGCUGGAAGGAAGAUUGAUGCUCGCGACGUGCCGACGGAGCGCUUGUGGGAUGGACCUAAGAUGGAAGACUUCAGGUGGUUCUUGUAG